UUUGUCGCGUCUGCACUCGCCAGCAAAGGUUAUCUACAACCUGGCACUCGCAUUGCGUCAUGGGACAAACUCAAGUUCGGUAGAGAAAAGGGCUACCUGGGUGACAAAUGCUUGUUGAAGAACAUUGUGUACGACGACAUAGCGGCAACAGAACCAGGAGAUGAGAAAAUGAAGCCACCACCAGCACCAGAUACAAUUUUCGUAAAGCUCUUUCCAACAGACCUAGUAAUUCCAGCCGCAAGCUGUGCAGCAAUGUGGCAGGUGGAGGUGAAUUUUGUUACGCGUACGCUGAAGAAGUUACCUGGCGCAGGCGGUUUCAGGGUGCCACAGUGGUACUUCGUACAAUGGAGUACUGAUGCUGCUGCUCUCGAGUCGCAGGACAAGAAACAUCAAGCCUGCGAAGCACCGCGCUGCGUGAUUCUCAUGUUAAGGAUUGGGGAUGGGGAGGCAGUCGACUGUCGACAUACGUACAACUUUGUCGGUAUUUCGCAAGCUCCUCAAGCUGAGUGAAGUCAAAAGCUCAAAUACUAGCAAAUUAAGCAUCUAAUGAUCGAAGCAAUGACAGAUCCGGCGAAGCCCUUUGAUAUUUUGACAGGGAUGCCGGUCGAGCAUGCGAUCCGAGCAGCGAAGGAUCUCGCGUCUCUUCACGCACCCUACUGGGGAUGGACUCACGGUCGCUACCGAGCUGAAAAGGGUCAGCAUGGUGCGCUAAAGUUCGAGGGCUACGGUCAUAUCGAAGAUGCAGGAAAGAAACAAGCUAUCCAAGGUCUGUUCAUGUUAUGGAAGCAAUGAACCAGCACUGGCUCUGGCACUCUGAUUCGACGCUCAAGAGUUCUGUAUCAUUUUCCUUAACCAGUAGCUGAUUUGCAUGGAGAUACAUCUGGCGAGGAUAAGCAUAAGCACCCCUUUGCUAGCAUGCCUGCUACAGUGUCGUGUUGAUUAUUUUCGUAGAAAACGAAUAAUUGCGACAUCGAUUACUUUUACUAUUAUGUUGAUUUUGAACCCAUAGUUUCAUAAACUAUGGGAGCGAAAAUGGGUCUCGAGAUUUUCGGUUCUGACGGUCAUCUUUUGAAGGACGAAUCGUUCGAGGAAGAGCGAUUGAAAUUCAAAGGGUAUUUCGAGCUGUGGCAGUAUUGGAGUGCUGAAGUUUGGCCUUUGCUGGAAAGGCGAUGGAAGGCAGUACUUGCACACUGGGAGAGUAUUCCUGCUACUCUGAUUCACGGUGACUGCCAUGUUGAGAAUAUGUUUUGUCUCAAGGAUGGGACCAAUUGCUACAUCGAUUUUCAAGCCGUGAACCUUGGUCCGGGAGUACGAGACCUAGCUUGGCUGUUGACGAGUUCCUUGACAUCCGAAGAUCGGCGUGCGCACGAAAAAACUGUCAUCAAAGCCUAUCAUCAGGCCCUAGUUGAACGCGGAGCUGUACAGAAUGACGAGAGCUCUCGUCCUGAAAAGCCAGUUGAUAUGGAACAGCAACAAGUCGUGAACGUGCAGUCUGGUUCUACUACCACAAACGCAGCGGCAAAGGAGCGGUCAUCUUUGAUAUCGUGCUGUACUGGUGCGACGAAAACAUCAUCGAAAGUGGAUGCGGCGGCGGCAACAAGAGCCACGACUAGUGCUGUACCAGCCGAAGGAAAAUAUUCGCCCGAAAGUUCAAGUGCUCCACCAUCAGACACCAAGGUCUACUCCUACGAACAGUGUUGGGACGAUUAUGUUUUCAUGAAGAUUCAUGGGCUUUGGGCGGGCGCCCUCGGAGGGGGUCUUUUUGCGGGCACAAACUAUCAUGCGAAAACGGGAAUCUUCGCACCGGAACAGGCUGACGACGCCAUCUUAGAACGAGAAAGAAACUCCGUCCUUUUUUCACGGAUAGUUGACGACCUGAGACACAGUGAGUGGCCGGCGAUGCUCGGCAGGUUGCCAGAGGACACUUUGUAGUGAUGUUGCAGGUGUAAGAGGAAAAGGAAAACUAUCUUUAAAUAUACAACAGCAAGUAAUAAUGCCAUCACAAGUAUAACAGCAUCUGCAUCCAACAAGAAAGCAAGGCAUCAUUACCAGCUCUGACUUCAGACGAUGACAAGGAAGUCAGCUCAAGGAGGCACAUAUUUGUGUUCAGCAAUGAAGUUGCCCUGCUAGUAAGGAAAGAAGAGUAAAAGUAAGGCUAAAGAUGAUCGCUUCAUGCUUGUUGAGCUCUGGCCCUCUGUGAAGGCGGGUUUUCGUUUCUUCUAGAAGUUUGAAAAAAGCUGUGCCAAAACUUGAGGCAGAGAAAAGCCAGGCUGUUCGCCCAGGUGCAUGCAAUUGGAC